AUGGAUGCCAGAGCAGCCAAACAAAUUGCAUUUCGAAUUAUGUCCAGUAAAGUAUUAUCCCUUGAGCGAACUAUUCAACUAGCUAAAGCAUCUAGCGUGCCUCCAUUUACAAUUACCCCAGGUCAAAGUAAUGUCCAGUCACUAUCAAUCGCUCCAAUAUUGACCACUUUAGCUCUUGUCAAUGUGCAGUUAAUUACAGGACUAUCAAACAACGAAUUAAAGAAACUAGUCAGAACUUUUUUGCUUCGAAGUUUUUCUCAUGACGAGAAAGAGAAAGAGAAUAGAGUCGCCGAACUUAUCUCGAUUCCUUUAUUAUAUCAACAAAAUGCAAAGAAGUCAUCUUGGUCAUCACUGCGCACUAUUAUGAAAGGCAAAAUUUUUUUAAAAAACUUUGAAAACGUAAAAAAAAGAUCCUCUGCAAAUGAUAUUUCUGAGGAGACAUUAUUCAAUGGAUCAGUGGUUACAAAUUAUAAACCCACGAUGCGUAAUUCAUCGCGAAGAUAUACAGCCGAAAGUUUUGAAGAUAUAAUUUUUAUUUCAAUACUCCAAAACGAUUACAACGCUUUACUAAGAGCUUUAAAAACAAAUAACGUAAACAUAAACUACAUGAGACCUCCAGGGUUAACACCAUUGCAUCAAGCAUGCGUAGUUGGAAAUCUUCAAAUGGUUGAAACUUUAAUUUUUCAUGGUGCCGAUGCAAAAUUAAGGACAUGGUCUAACCUAACACCACUUUUAAUAGCAAACAUGUUCGGACAUUUUGAUGUUGCUUUAUUUCUAAUAAAUCAAGGAGCAAAUACCAAAGACAUUCAAGAUGGAGUUGCUUUUGAUUCAAAAUUAGCGUCAUCUGUUUUGAUAAGCUCAAAAGAAAAUGACGAGGAAGAUACUCAAGUAGUGGGAUGA